AUGCAUAUACUGAUAUACACACCGUCACCAGCGCCGUCGUUAUACACUCUCGUGACCUUCUUACUCGCUGUGAUUUCCUGCGCCUUAUUAUUAGCUCUCUUCGCUGCGUGCUUUAGGUCCAUCUAUCUCACCGUCCUUAACUUCUUCGACGAUGGAGAAUCUCCGCCGCCGCCGAACAACAGCCUCAAGAAGAAACUACUUCAGUCCCACCCUGAAUCCACCUUCACCGCCUCAGCCGAUUCGCCGUGCUACUCCACAGAGUGCGCCGUAUGCUUAACGAAAUUUUCAGAGGGAGAAGAAAUUUGGGUAUUGCCGAUGUGUAGCCACGCUUUUCACGUGGCGUGCAUUGGCAAAUGGUUGACUUAUUCGUCGUCGUGUCCAUCUUGCCGUCGGAUUAUGGUUCCGGUGAAUGAUGUGUGA